AUAUUGAUACAUAUUCUGACAAACAUACUGAAUUUGAUAACUUCAAAAUUCAUGUUAACAAUACAAGUACUAGCUUGCCAUCAUCUAAAACAAAUAACCUGGAUAUAAUAAAUAUCUUACUGAUUUUAGAUAUUGAUACAUAUUCUGACGAAUUUUCUGAAUUUGAUAACUUCAAAAUUCAUGUUAACAAUACAAAUAAUAGCUUGUCAUUAUUUAAAACAAAUAACCUAGACAUAAUGAAUAUCUUACCAAUUUUAGAUGUUGAUACAUAUUCUGACAAACAUUCUGAAUUUAAUAACUUCAAAAUUCAUGUUAACAAUACAA